AUGUCAGAUACUGCUUCUUCUCCAUUCAUUGAUCGUCCAAGAUCGAUGUUAGAUGAAGAUUCUGAAUUUAAUUCAAGACAGUUGAUAUCGAAUUUGCAGUUUCAGAUUUCAUCACUUAAAACAGAAAAGAGUCUAUUACAACAAAAUAAAGAGUCUAUGGCAGAGAAAUAUGAAGCGUUAUUAAUAACGAAGAACGAAGAAGUGGUUUCUUUACAAAAUGAUUUUGAUUAUGUAUUUAAACAAAGAGAUGAAUUACAAUCCAAGUAUGACAAUAGUCAACAAAUUAAUGGGAAAACUGUGGAAUCCUUGCAGGUUCAGUUAAAGGAUAUAACUGAAAGAUACGAUGAAUUGAAGGAGGAGCAUGAAUAUCUAAACUCCGAUUUCAAAAAGUUUUGUCGUGACAAUAAUCAAGUGAAAUCGGACUUGGAAUUCCACAUAAAUUCAAAAGACCAGAUGAACGAAAAGAUUACUAGUUUACAAGAUGAAAACAAAAGUUUGUGCAAGACUAACGAUGAAUUAAUUGAGAAACUAAACAGUAUUUCUGAACAGUUAGUGUCAAAUACUCAAGAUAAAUUUAGCAGAAAUUUACAGGAACAAAAUUCUAAACUUCAGAGGACUAAUAAUCAAUUACAAUUAAAGGUAGACCUGCUAUUACAACACAGGACAUCGGUAGAAUUAUUAAGACAAAAGAAUAUUACUUUGACUAAUAAGCUAUCUUCAUUGGCAAACUUAGAAGAGAAGUGUUGCAAACUAGAAAUUGAAAACCUAGAAUUAUCAAAUAAAUUCGAUACCUUUUUCAAGACCAUAGAGGAUUCAGUUAACGAUGAUACAAGUAGAACAAAUGAGUCUGUUGUUAUUGAAUUCAUGAAUAAGUAUAAGCGAUUACAAAAUCUUAAUUUGGUACUUCAGGAUAAAUAUAAUCAAUCGGUAACUGGUGUUAAAAAUAUGCAAACUGAGUUAUCUAAUAUGCAACAGAAAUAUUCCGAGGCCAUUUCAAAAGUAGAAUCAUUGAACGAAACAGUAUCUACUAAGACAGAAUUUAUCGAUAAACUUGAAAGACAGAAAUUACUCAAUGUGAAAGAAAUCGAAUAUCUCAGAGACCUGUUGAAAAAGUUGGAAGAGUUGAAUUUAAAGCGUUCUAAAGAAGAAACAAAUGAUAAAUCAACAGAACAGUAUAUGACAAAUUUAGAAAAGUUGGUUGAUGAAUAUAGGACUGAAAUUAAUACUCUUCAGAAACAAAUGCUGUCACAAGAGAUACAAUCUAACGUUCAAUCUGGAAGCAAAAGGCCAAGAAUAAUAGACAAUGGUAUACAGAAUGAUUUUAAAUCACAGGUUUCAGUAUUAGAGAAGGAAAAUUUGAAGUUAUUAUCUACUAUCAAAAAUUUAGAAUACAAUAAUAAAACGUUGGGAGAAAAAUUACAAAAUUUAGAGAGUUUAGAUAAUAAGAAAAAAGAAUUGCAUAUUUUACAAUUAAAAUCGAAUCCAGCUUCUCAAGAUCAGCUUAUUAAACAGCAGACUUUAGAUUUGCUUUCUAAAGAAAAUCAAGAAAUGAUAGAGACAUUCGUGAAAAACAAAAGUGCCCAUGAUAUGAUUCCUAAAUCUCUUUUUGAAAGACAGGAGAAUGACAAGUUACAGUUACAAACAAAAAUAGACCAGUUAAAUAAAAGAAUAAGUCGUUUAAGAGAUAUUUAUAGCCAGAAGAGUCGUGAUAUUUUAUCUGUUAUAUCAAAAUUUUUUGGGUACACAAUUGAGUUUUUACCAAGCCCAAUAAAUUCUAAUGAUUUAUCGUCUAGGAUAAAACUUGUUUCAAAAUACAUGAAUAAUAAGGAUGAAUCUAACUCUGCAUACUUAAUACUAGAUGUAAAUUCAAAAUCAUUGAAAGCAAAUGGGAGUUUAGAGUUUAAAACGCUAUGCGAAGAUUUGGUAACUAAUUGGAUCAGGGAAAAAGAUCAAAUACCCUGCUUCUUAAGUGCUUUGAAUUUAAGCAUAUAUGAUAAAUAUGUAUCUUGA